AUGUAUGAUGAAACUAAGACUAGGGUUAAGACGGUAGAAGGGGACUCGGAAUACUUCUCAUUUGUUAUGGGGUUGCAUCCAGGAUCCGUGCUUAGACCAUUUUUAUUUGCCUUGGUAAUGGACAUUUUGACGCGUCACAUUCGAAGGGAGGUGUCGUGGUGCAUGUUAUUUACUGCUGACAUAGUACCGAUUGACGAGAUGCGAAGUGGUAUUAACGUGAGACUAGAGGUUUGGAGACAAACCCUAGAGUCAAAAGAUCAAGUUGAGCAGGAUCAAAACGGAAUACUUGGCAUGCAAGUUCGGCAGCGUGACUCAUGA